GGUGGGUUUGCCCGAUGCUACGAAAUCCUGAAUUUGAAUACAAACAAGAUUUAUGCUGGCAAGAUCAUCAGUAAAACCAGAAUUUCUAAACCUCAUCAGAAACAGAAGAUUCUCCGCGAGGUGCAGCUGCAGAAAAACCUCAGGCACAAACAUGUGGUGGAGUUCAAUAGUUACUUUGAGGAUGACAGUAAUGUUUACAUUAUUCUGGAAAACUGCAGCAGAAAAUCCCUGGUGCAUGUCCUGAAACACAGGAAGUGUUUGAUGGAACCUGAAGUGAGAUACUACCUCCGCCAGCUAGUAGAUGGUGUGGAUUACAUCCACAAGAACCAAAUCAUCCACCGUGACCUGAAGCUGGGGAACAUGCUGCUGAACAGUGACAUGGAGCUCAAACUGGCAGACUUCGGGCUGGCCACCAGAGUGGACUAUGUUGGUGAAAAGAAAAUGACUGUUUGUGGAACACCAAACUACAUUGCCCCUGAAGUGUUACAAAAAAAGGGUCACAGUUUUGAAGCUGAUCUCUGGGCCAUUGGUUGUAUAACGUAUGCUCUACUGGUGGGUCGUCCACCCUUUGAAACUACCACUCUGAAGGAAACAUACCUGAGAAUCACAGAAAACAACUAUACCUUGCCGCCCUCUCUCUCAGCGUCUGCCAAGAAUUUGAUAAGACUGUGCCUUCACCCUGAGCCGACCAGUAGGCCUAGUUUACAGGACAUUCUCUCUGAUGAGUUUUUCACAUGCGGCUACUUGCCUCGUUGCCUUUCUCCCUCCUGUUGCACAACUGCUCCAAAGCUUCCAUCUUAUGUACGGGGCAACAGUAGCAGACCGCUGUCUUAUGUUGUCCCCACUGAGACAAAGAUUGACUCUGUUGGACAGCUAGGAAAUGCCAUCAGUCAGAUGCAUUUGGAUUCACGUUCUGAGAAUCUUCUAGAAGAAAAAGAACUGGAGGAUAUUGAAAAGAUAGCCCGUCUCCAGCCAGUCACUCCCACCAACCGUGCCGGUGACGGUAACCAUGUGACCAAGAGCACAGUCACGAGUAUCAAAGCUAGUAGUAAUGGCAGUUCUGGUGACAGGUCAAGGUCGCCACCUCAGAGAGACUCGCCGUUUAAACCAAAGUCUGCUGCUACGCUCCUGGAUGCUCUUGGAGCCUGUCUGGAGCGCAUGCCAAAAGGCUCAAAGUCCAACCCCACAGCCAUCACUGCCGAGAUAAUAUGGGUUACAAAAUGGGUGGACUACUCAAACAAGUAUGGGUUUGGAUUCCAGCUGUCCACUGAUGCUCUGGGGGUGCUGUUCAAUGAUACGUCCAGGAUAAUCAUGGCACCUGAUGGGAGGGCUGUCCAGUACUAUGACGUCACAGGCAAACUGUCUGCCUUCAGCUCUGACUGCAUUCCAGACGAGCUGGAGAGAAAGACAACUCUGCUUCAGUAUUUUGCUCGUUACAUGGAUGAACAUCUUAUUCAGGGUGGUGAUGUAGAAAAUUCCAGUAGCAGUGAUUCUAUCUCUUGGUCUGGGUCAGUGUUCUUGAAGAAAUGGUUCCGCACUGCUAAAGCCAUUAUUCUAUAUCUUAGUGAUGGAACCCUGCAGGUCAAUUUUUUUGACGAUCACACAAAACUGAUCCUGAGCAACAUUAAGCAAGAGUACAUGGUAACUUACAUAGACCAGGAACGAUGCGCAAGGACAUUUCAUUUGAGUCAUAUUCUCAGAGAAGGAUGCACUGCUGAAAUACUGGAUCGAGUGGCAUUUGCCAGAGUAAUGCUGAAAAAUCUGGUAGAUAUAGAAGGGGCAGAUAUCUGA